UGCUUUUUCGUUUUUUCCUUGUCCUAUUGUGGAUUACACAGCUUUUGGUGUAUGUAAAUGGUCGGCAAAGACACAAUAACAAAAGUAACCACUAGGGGGGAGUAAAUGAAUACCGCAAACAGACAUUACUGCGCUGCCUAGAAACGGCUCGUUGCGAAUUUCAGCCGCGGCUUUAUUUUAGUUCCGGUACGAGGUGACGUAACCAUGUACUUUUGCUGGGAGUAAAUGGGACAGCGUCAUCAGAUGAUUUCACAAUCAGUCAGAGUAGCCGUUCGAUUUCGUGUCUUGUAGCAAGCUAGUUUAGCAAGUUUAGGUUUUCAGCAAUGGGUCGAAGAUGUUUUCUGCGUUGUGAAGGGGUGUCUCCCUUGUAUGCCUUGCCAAAGGCAGAGCCUUCACGUACCCGUUGGCUUGAUUUUAUUUUUAAUUAUAUUCCUCUAACUUUACCGAUCAUUUUCCUGUGUCCCCGUCAUUUUACGGAUGACUGCUUCACCAACCUGCGUUUGUUCAGCACUGGAUUUGCAAAGAUGCUAGCUCUGAGGGAAAAUGCUGUACCAACUUUAUGUGGCCCCAUGGGUGAAGAUGUCCCUCGACAUGACUCCAGUGCCCCAUCUCUCCCCUUCCGACACGUCGGAUGUCAGACCGACUCGCCUCAGCUUAAUUCGGCGGGAACCCAGACGAGCCACACUCUCUGCAAGGCCAUGCAACUGCAGAUAUUUCGGUAUGACACCUUCAGAAGGCAUGCAAGGAAUUACAUGGAACCGGCCAUUGUUCACAAGUGGAAAAUGGAUCAGCAUGAUAAUUUCCAGCAUCAAUUGCGCCUUGGUGGCGUGGUUGCAGUGGGAGGAGACAUGAGGGCUGAUUCUCCAGGGCACUCAGCAAAGUUUGGCAGCUACUCACUGAUGAAUCUGGAGAGCAACACUAUUAUGGACAUCCAACUGGUUCAGAGCAAUGAAGUAGGUGGCAGCUAUCACAUGGAGAAGGAGGGACUGAAAAGAUGCUUAGAUCACCUGGAGUUGAAUGGAUUGAAGGUGGAGUACAUUGUAACAGACCGUCAUCCACAGAUCCAGAAAUUUCUGAGGGAACGCAGCUUAACUCAGUUCUAUGACGUUUGGCACUUUGAGAAAGGUUUGUCCAAAAAGCUUGAGAAAGCUUCGCACAACGAAGACUGUGAUGUCCUGAAGAAGUGGCUGCAGAGCAUAAAAAACCAUGUCUACUGGUGUGCCACAUCAUCAAGCACUGGACCAGAAAAGGUGGCAAAGUGGACAUCACUGCUAAACCACCUACAAAAUGUUCAUGUCCAUGAAGACCCCAUUUUCCCCAAAUGUCUGCAUCCUGACCACGCCUCAAGGGAUCCCAAUAAAUGGCUGCAACCUGGGUCAGUUGCACUUCACAAAGCUGAGAAAAUAUUGCUCAACAAGAGAGUCCUGAAGGAUGUAGAGAAACUCAGCCACCAUCACCAGACCUCAUCACUGGAGUCUUUCCACAGCCUGAUACUGCGUUUCGCACCAAAGAAUGUAGUUUUCCCCUUCAUGGGAAUGUUGUGCAGGUUGUAUUUAGCAGCAAUGCACCACAACGAAAAUGCUACACGGGAACAAGCCACAACGUCUACUGGACAGGCAGUUUUCAAGGUUGUUUUUCCAAAGUCGAAGAAAGGGGAAGGCACUGUGAAGCCCGUGAAAACAAAACCAACCUUCAACUAUGUACGUGAACUCAUGAGGCUGCUCAUGCAAGAAGUUUUUGAAGACCCCACAUCAUUUGCAGAGGAAAUGAACGCCAUCCCCAUCCCUCCAGACCUCUCAGCAGAAUUUCCCAAAACCCCAAAGGCUGAGCUGAUUGCCCGUCAUGUCUCCCGCUUCAAACAAUAGGUAGUCUGAAGCCUGUGUAAUUACCAGACGGGAACGGCUGACGUAUUCACUGCAUCACUCUUAAAUAACUUUACUUUUUUAAUGUUUUAGUUUUAUACUCUAUGGAAGUUAUACACUAUUGUCAACAAUGUUUACAUACCUACAAAUGACAUAAGAAUAAUGCUUUUGUUUUGUUUAGUAAGAGCUUAUUACAGCUAAAGUAACUUACUAUUCCUCUGUUCUGUGCCAAACAGGUCAAUAAUCAUAUUUUGUAAAUGUUGUAGAUAAUAUUUUAUAGACUGCAUGGGUUUAGACACACAGGCUCUAGGCCUGAAUCUUCUGACAUGCACAUUACAGUUACUGGCACAUGUCUCAUUUGUCUUUGUACCUAAUAAAGAACAUAAGACAAAAUAACGAA